AUGGUUGUAUCAGAUGGGGGUCCAGUGUUUAUAAAUGCAAUUGAUGGGUCAGGUGAGUUCAAAAACAAACAUUAUAUUGUUGGGGUGUUGGAGGAUGCUAUAGAAGAGAUUGAACAUGAAAAAGUUGUCCUGGUCAUCAUUGAUAAUACUACUAUGAUGAAGUCGGCUGGAGUUCUUAUUGAAGCAAAAAAUACUGAAAAGAAUGAAGUUACAUAUGAUGAAUGUAGUUGGAUUACACGUAUUGUUAAUGAUGCAUCCUUCAUACGUAUUUAUAUCAUGAACCAUUUAACGAGGUUGGCAAUGUUUAAUGAAUUUUGUCCAUUAAAACUACUCCAAGUUGUUGAUACUAGAUUUGCUUCGGUUGUUGUAAUGCUGAAAAGGUUGAAGUUGAUAAAAAGAUGUCUUCAAGCCAUGGCUAUUAGUGACCAAUGUGCUUCUUAUAGGGAGGAUGAUGUUGGAAAAGCUCAAAAUGUGAAAGAUAUGAUUCUAAGUGAUCGUUGGUGGGAUACUGUUGAUUACAUCCUUGAAUUCCCAACACCUAUUUAUGAUAUGCUACGAGUAGCCAACACAGAUAAGUCUUGUCUUCAUCUUGUGUAUGAGAUGUGGGAUUUGAUGAUAGAGUGCAAUGAGGAGUACGAAAAUAUAGCAACAAAGAUGUGGGAUAUUGCAAGAGAUUCUUGGAAUGAGAGCGACAUACAUGGAGGAGCUGGAAUUCUUGAGAAUGUUGCCCUUACACUUGAUGAGCCAUAG